GGCGAAGGCCCCCUCGGGCGGCGGUUGACGUGUGAGUGAGGAGCGGCGGCGCCGGGAGCAUCAUGUCGAAGGUCACCUUUAAAGUGACGCUCACCUCGGACCCGCGGCUGCCCUACAAAGUGUUAAGCGUGCCUGAAAGUACCCCUUUCACAGCUGUCUUGAAGUUUGCUGCAGAAGAAUUCAAAGUUCCUGCAGCAACAAGUGCCAUUAUAACAAAUGAUGGUAUAGGAAUAAACCCUGCACAGACAGCAGGAAAUGUAUUUCUAAAGCAUGGUUCAGAUCUACGGAUUAUUCCCAGAGAUCGAGUUGGGAGUUCUUAAUAUCUCCUGAAAGCUUUGCAAUAAGUGACAUUGCCAUGCAGCAAAGGUCUAUUUAUUUUGGAACCCCGAAAAUGCAGCUAAUGAAUUGGCCUUUUUUAAAGCUAGCAAAAAUUACUUCCCAGGGUUUGGUUUUUCGUUGUUGUUUUUUUUAAAAACAGAGAUAAGGUUUCAUUUCUUGUUAAAAUAUUUUAACUCAUGCACUGAUUCUUCCCUGACUAGUAGAAGAAUGGGCUGAUGGCUUGUUAUGUUCCUGAAAGAAAAAUGGACUCCUCUAUAGGUGUUACUGACACCACAAAGGUAAACACAGGCAUGAUCAAUAGAUAUUUAAAAUAUUGGAUAUUAUUGAGCCCACUUUGUGGAAGAGGGAACUGCGUUAUGAUUUUGCUACAAAGAAAUUGUUGCUAGUGAGUGCUAAAACUUUUUUUUUCCUUUUGUUUUUUUCUAAACUUACUUUCAUGUUUAGAGGAACAGUUUUCACAUGGUUCAAGUAUUAAGCUGAAA